AAAAUGUACAUAGUGGGCCAUUAUUAAAAAAUAGCUGUUUAUUUUGGUACGUUAAAGGUAAAUAAAACGCUAAAAGAAACAUGAGAAAUAAAGAAUAUUUAGUAAUUCCUGUGUAAAAUGGAUUUGUCUAAUUCUUUAAAAAAGAAUAAAAAGAAAUCAACAUCACUAAGUUCAACUAAAACUACUGAUAAUAAAUUAAUUGAAGCAGAACGAACAAGUUUACCUCAAAGUAACAACAACACUUUUAAAAAUGAACUAAAAACACCUGUUAGUGUAAAUAAAUCUAAUGGACAGAUAAAAUUAUCUAGUAAUACAGAAGCUUUACCAAUGGGUACUACACAUUUAUAUGUCCCUGCAUUGCAAGAGGAUGAAAACAACAUGCAGCAGAAUGAAGAAAGGCCAGGCGAAGAAGAAAUUAUAAAUCUGAAGGAUGAUAGUGAUGCUGAUGAAGAUGUAUUUAGAAGAUAUUACCGGCAAAAGAUAUGGUUCAUUCUUUUGAUCCGAUUUUGCUGCAUUGCCAGCGUGGUAUCUGUAUGCAUGAAUACACCGCAAACGUUUAAGAAGCAUCCAUCGUUGCGUUACAUCACCUUAGUGGUAGACAUUGUGACGGGACUUAUUUUAACGUGUGAGGCCCUCAUCAAAAUUCGCGCCAAAGGUUUCAUCUUCUCGCCCAAAGCCUACUUAAGAAGUCCUGGCCGAAUACUGGAGUUCGUCAUGGUUUUGUGCAUUAUUGUCUCGAUUGUUUUACAGGUUCUCGAGUUUGCUAUCGCUUUGGAUGACAAGGCUAGUCAUUAUUUACUUGUCUCGUUUAUUCGUGCACCGCGACCGCUGUUGCUGCUGAGAGUAAUGAAGUCUGUGCUUAAUUUAAGCUUACCCAAAACCGUGUCGUUACGCUCAAUGAAGCAGAUAUGGGGCGUGCUCUUGUUCACUCUGUACUUCAUGACGCUAGCUGCUUUGAUUGGUGUGCAAAUCUUCGGCGUGAUAAAAUAUUAUUGUGUUAAAGAAACCGCGUUAGUAAACGAGGUCAAAUAUACAGACUUGCUUAUCCCCGCUACUCGUUGUUCGCCACUAGAUUACGCGUUUCAAUGUCCAAAAGGUUUUACAUGUAAGGAGUUGAAAUUAAAAAAGUUCCGUCAAGACCGGCGUUAUUUUGAUCAAAUUUUAACAGGACUGCUGUCUGUUUACGAAGCUGCUUCCAUGGAGGGAUGGUCAUUCGUGAUGUACGAUGCCAUGAACUCGCGUUAUUUCUUGUACUCUGUACUGUAUUUCGUAUGCGUCAUCUUUUUUAUUGCCUGGUUGGUGCGCAACGUGUUUAUCGCCAUCAUAACUGAAGCCUUUGCCGAUCUUCGUGUUCAAGUGAGCAGACUUUCAAAACGUAAAAAACCAAAGCAACACGAACAGUAUCAAGUGUUAAAACACGAAGCUGACGGUACCCUCUUACUUGUGAGAGAGGAACAAGUAUCUCUAAAGAAUUCACCAAUUCGAAGGACUGUACUAAAAUGCGUACACUCGCGUUUGUUCCAAUAUUUUAUUCAUAUAUGCGUCUUAGUGGACGCAUGCGUACAAGGAUUUGUGCCGGAGAUGUCGUUCACAAAAUACGUUCAGGUCGGGUUUACCAUCCUGUUUAAUAUUGAAGCGUUGUUAAAAAUUUGUGGCAUGGGGUUUAGCAACUACCGACAAUCGUUGCCAUGUCGAUUUGAAGGUGUAUUAUGUAUCGGUUCGACUGCGUUUUUGGCGCCUGUUUUCAUUGGAGUUCGAGGCUUCGCCGUAUUUCAAGUGCUGCGUCCAUUCCGGUUGAUUUUAUUUUGGAAAUCAUUGACGGCGUUUCUAAAGCGCAUAUUGGGAAGUGGAAAGAAGAUUUCGAGCUUGAUUUUGUUUACCUUGUCAGCUCUUGUUAUUGUUUCUGGUAUCACAUUGCAGUUGUUUUGUGGAAUUGGCAUUAACGAGACGGACUAUGACUUUGAUAUAUUUCCCAAAGCGAUGAGGGCAAUGUAUCAGGUUUUUAUGGCAGAAGCCUGGAAUGAAGUAAUGGAUAAAGUGCUCUUCGUCGGAGGGUAUGGGUUUUCUUUUCUCGUGUACCCAGUGUUUAUUUUGGUUCAUUUAUUGGGAGCCACUAUAUUAGUUAGUGUGUUUGUCGCCCUUAUUCUUGAUAAUUUGGAGUUAAGCGAAGAGUUGAAAAUGCUAAAACAACGCCGUUUGGGCGAAGAAGUCGCCGAUACGCACGAAAAGCUACCCCAUCGCUUACGUGUUUUCAAUCAUUUAAAACCGAGGCCGAAAGUCAUCGACAUGGAUAAUGUGGAAUGCAGUUUGCCUAAGAUACGGCGUAGUUUUGUAACGAAUUAUGUUUCGUCGGCCGAUAAUAUCGAUAACGUUCCGCUGGUAAUAUCAAAUCUACCGAACAAACCGAAAGACAAACAAGAAGAGCCAACUUCUAAUGCUGAUAUUCAGCUUAGUUUCGUGCAGAACAAGCCAAGAGAUCGGAGUUACCUUGCUCAAUUCCGAAAACAAUCGAGCGUAACCGCGCUAAUGCAGGACGCUCAUAAAAAACGAAUGAGCAUACACAGCACUGCCAGUGAAGGAAGUAUAAAAACUCCAUCGUCAAAGUCCUUUCGACGUUCAUCUCGUACUAUUAGCGUUGGUAGCAAACGCCAUCGGAAUGCAGCCGAACCGCGUAGUCCGCAUCUCGCACAUCAACCGCUGGGAAAACGAGUUACAAACGCAUCCAGUGUUAUUUAUCAGACAAACAAGUUAAAAAACGACAAAAAUCGAAAACUGAGUCGCGAUCAAAAGGAUAUUGACGUCGGUUUAGUAAGACAAAAGUUAGAAGAGGCCCAGCGCAAGAAGGAAAUUCGAAUUGAAAAUUUAAGGGAAAACCAUCCAAAAUUUGACGAAUCUUUGUUUAUAUUUUCCACAAAUAACCCGAUCAGAAAGUUUAUCCAGAAAAUCGUACAUGCACGAUACGAUACGUUCACAAAAGACGAACGAAGUACGCAACUUGGCGCAUUUAGUUUUGAUCGACUAAAGCGUUAUUUGGGAUCGCAAACGUAUUUAGAUUGGGUGAUGUUGUUUUUCACACAGGUCUCAUGUUUAGCUAUGUUGCUUGAGACACCAAGUCAACGCACCUUUGACAGCCCUUGGCUAAGCAGCAUCGAGUAUGUUUUCGUUGUAACGACAAGUAUCGAACUCGCCUUAAAAAUAAUUGCUGACGGAUUGUUCUUGUCUCCAAAAGCAUUCAUACAAGACGUUGGCGGUGCCCUUCACGUCAUGAUUUACAUUGUUUCUUUGACGUAUGUAUGUUGGCAACCCAACGUCAUUCCGCCUGCUUCGGGUGCACAGAUAUUACUUGUCUUGAGGGCGUUGCGCCCGCUCCGUAUCAUCACAUUAGCGCCGCCGCUAAGAAAGGAAGUUUGGAUUCUUGUUAGCGGCUAUCGUGACAUGCUUAAAGUUGCACUUCUUCAAGUAAUAUUGAUGUUUGUAUUUGCUAGUUACGGCGUGCAAACGUUCCGAGGUAAGUUAAAACGGUGCAAUGAUCGCAACAUUACCUUUAAAGGAGACUGUAUUGGAGCUUUUCAAGUCCAGUUAGCUGCUCCCAAAAAACUUAAUGACUUGCACGGUGAAAUGCCUACUAUGCUUGUUCCACGAGUUUGGAGGAAUCCUCGAAAUUUUAAUUUUGAUACAAUGAGCGCAGCGUUUUUGGCGUUGUUCGAGGUGUUGUCACUUGAGGGAUGGACAGACGUCCGGGAUAUCAUGCACGAGCAAGUGGGUUGGACUGGAUCUCUCUAUCCGCACGUUUAUGUAUUUUUUGCGUGUUUGAUUGGUCUGACAUUGUUUAUUGGUGUUAUCGUUGGAAGUUUCAAUGAAAACAAGGGUCUGGCUUUGUUGACAGUAGAGCAGAAACGUUGGAAAGAUUUAAAAAAGAAAUUAGAAUUGGCACAGCCGUUGCAUUUACCGUCGAAACCACUCGAGGGUAGUUUAAAGUCUCGUCUCUUCGAAAUUUUUGCCGGCGCUAGGUACCAGAAAUUCUAUGCGCUGAUAGUGCUUAUCAAUUGCGGCACCUUGUUUUUUGGACAAUGGGAGCCAAGAAAUAUUGAUAACGAUACAUUAUGGCUUUCAUGCAUCAUUAUCUCCAUCAUAUGCUGCACAUUUUUCACUUUUGAAGCCAUACUUAAAGUCUACUCGUUUACAUUUAAAGGGUACUGGUUAAGUUGGAGAAAUCGUUUUGACUUUGUGUUAACACUUUUCGGAAAUAUUUACAUUUUAUGGACAGUGUUUUCAUGUUACGUCGAGGCCACCGAGAAUAGUACAUGUUCCGGAUCAAGAAUGUUGGGCGUCUCUAUAUUCGUACUUCGGUUCCUUACCCUGUCCGGUAAACAUAAUGGUCUCCGGAUGCUCAUGUUGACAGUUGUGAAGAGCUUAACAAAAAGUUUUUACACUAUUUCCGUACUUGUGAUGAUUAUGGGUUGCUAUGCUUUUGUUGGUGUAAUCAUGUUUGGUUCAGUUAAACACGGAUUGGCAUUAAAUCGUCAAGUAAAUUUCGAAACCAGUUGGAAUGCUCUACUAGUUUUGUUUCGAGUGACAACAGGCGAGGAUUGGCACCGUAUCAUGCACGAUGCUAUGAUCGCGAAGCCAUAUUGUCGUACCAAACCACGCAUGAAUUACUGGGAGAGUAAUUGUGGCAACAGGACAGCUGCAUUGUUAUUUUUCAAUUCCUAUUACGUUAUCAUUAGUUAUAUAUUCCUAAACUUGUUUAUCGCUGUGGUUAUCGAGAAUUUCUCGAUUUUUUACUCAACCGAUGACGACCCGAUCAUGUCACAACAAGAAAUUCAACAUUACCAAGAAAUAUGGAAUGUGGUCGAUCGAGACAAAUCUGGCUCGAUUAGCGUUAGAGCUGCAAGGUUUUUGUUACGAUUGUUAGGAGGCAGCUUUGAUCUGGAGAAACAGAAGCAAUACGACCCGUUAUAUUUCAAACGCGUGUGUGCGGAAAUCGAAAAAACACGUAGUGGGAAGAACGUAUCGUUUCAUAAUCUGUUGUUUAUAUUGGCAUUUAACAAGAUCGACAUCUCGAAAAGUUUACAGUUAGAAGAAAGGCUUGCGCGUGAAGAGUUGGAGUCGGUUAUCUUAGAAGAAGUGGCCACGGAGACAAUUAGACGAUGGCUGACGGAAGUUUUAAAACGAAUGAGAGGGUCAAAACCGAAAAACAAACACGAAAGGAAAUUAUCAGGUAUAUCCGGCCUGUCAGAACCAAGUAUCAACAGCUUACACAGUGACUUCGAUGAGAUGAACGCUUCGGCUACGUCGCUUCAUUCCAGUGUUGCUGCCGGUAUGUUUCCUCAUCCGAUGCUCGGUCAUUUCAGUCCCGGUAGUUCUUACGAAACAAUGGAAAGUACAACAACCGGACUGCGAAAAAGACUGGGAGAUAACGUUGCGAGCGCCGCUCCAGACAGUCCAUCCGGUGGGGUGAAACAAAAGAGGGAACUUAAAUCAGAUUUUUAUUCAUGGUGGGAUGAUGAGGUGGAAGAUUGUUAAUAAUUUUCAUACUACAGGCGUGGUGUAAUUAUUAUAAAUUUUAAAAUAAAAUGGAGGAGGGAGUAUAUUACAUGUUCUUGUUUCGAUGCAUGUUUUGUGUUGUGAUUUUUAAGGUUUAUCCGUUUUGAGAUUAUUUUGCUUCUGUGCUUGUAAUUUUUUUUUUGCGCAACCUGUCAUGCAUAGAGUAAACGCCUUUAAGGUCCGUUCUCCUUUAAGUCAGUAAUUGCCGUGAAAUAGUUUUUCUCUAAGACAUUUAUUAUAUCUCUUGUGUUACUCUGUUGCGCAACACGUGUUCCAAAAAAGUGGCACGACGAUUGCUGUCGACUUUGUACGUUCUUCAAUACUUUUUUUAUUUACUUCAAAAAUACUUACAAAUACCCUUUUAUUAAGCACCAUAGUACAACUUUUGGUGUAGCAACAAAAAAGCUUGUGCAAAUAGAACGCAAGUCUUAUUUUUGGAAUGUGUGUGCAGAAUGUAAAUAACAUAUUUAGUUGUAUUUUUUAUUUAUUUUUAUACCUGUUUCUAUAUUUAUUUUAUACUACAUCUAAACAGUAUGCGUAGAAGUCAGAUAUUACAGGUGUUAAAAUUGUACAUGAGAAAUUUUGAGAUAAGUUAGUUUCAAAUUAUUAGUUUUAAUUUU